AUGUCAUAAAUGGAAUCUAAUUUGCGUGGGGGUGGUUGUGGAACUUCAAUAAGAAACCCACUAUAUUCAGAAAUCUCAAAGUUUGCUAAGGCUGUAGUUGCUGCUGAUAACUCAGAAUCUUAAGAAAUUAUGAUAGCUCUGUAAUGGUUUAUUUUUUAAGAAGAAAAUAUUUACAAUCUCACUAAGAAUGCUUAAAGUGUAGCGAAAUGUUAAAAUUUAAUUUUAGAGGGAAUCAGAAAGUUAUUAAAAGGCUGUUUGAUCUACAUUAGAACAGAUUCCUUUAAAUGUUUAUAUAUCUUAGACAACAGCAUCUCUAUCUAAAGUCAUAUUUAGCUUCCAUUUACUAAAUAAGGAAAGUUUUAUGAAAUGUGAUUUAUAACAGGAAUUUUUGGAAAUCUCUGAUGAACUAAGAUAACAAAUGGAAAUAGAGAAGAAUGAUUUGAUUCAAAAUUAAAUGGAACUCUAUCUUUUCUUAACAAAAACCUCUUUCGAGAUUAUACCAAAUAAUAGUAAUGAAAGGGAAGAAAUCUUAUAAGGAUGUUUAAGUGGUAUUAUUCGCUCGAUAAUUGAUAUGAAGCCAAAUGAAAAAUUGCUUGAAUCAUUGUUUUAGGGAGCCUGUCAUCUUUACAAUUUGUAUGCUGUAACCAAGAAUAGAAAAUAAUUUGAAGUUUAUUUUUAAAUAGAUAUGUUGUAUGGGAGAUUAUAAGCUUUUAAGAAUGAAAAAUUCUAAAAUUUAGACGAAAUAAUUUUACAUGUUUAGGAAAUACAUGAUAAAAUUGUGAAAUAUUCAAAUGUAUGGAAAUACCAUUAUCUAUGGGUGUAAAUGAUCGGAAAAUUCUUAUAAUAUAAUCCUCUAUUAACAAAAGAGAAAUUAUCUCAGAUGACUAAGGAUUAAAGCCAGAUUAAAUUUGGAAUGAAUAUCUGA